CAAUAAUUGAAAGUGGUGGAUACCUGUUCAAGGUCGAUGGAAUUCGUUCUAUUUUCGAAAUAUCAAGGAUUUUUCGAUUUCCUUUCGUGAAAUGUUUACUCAAAAAUCGUCCGAAUUGGUUCAUAGCAAAACUGUUAAUAUAGAAAAGCCUCGUUAUGAUCAGUCAACAUAUACUGGUAGAGCGAAACACUUUUUCAUUACAACUAAUCCUUUGAAUGUGUUCAAAACAUCUACGGAGUUAGAAGAGGCAAGAACUAUUGUUCAAAACUAUAGAGCAGGGAUUAUCCAACCCGGUUUAACAGUUGAAAAACUUUGGCAUGCUAAACACGUGUAUGACUCAGCAUUUCAUCCGGAUACAGGCGAAAAAAUGAUAUUGAUUGGACGUAUGUCAUUUCAAGUACCAGGAAACAUGUUUAUAACAGGCUGUUUGCUGCAAUUCUACAAAUCAACUCCUGCUGUUAUCUUUUGGCAAUGGUUUAAUCAAACUUUUAAUGCUAUUGUAAACUAUACUAAUCGUAGUGGGGAUGCGCCUAUUUCAGUCACACGUCUUGGCAUAUCUUAUGUACUGGCUACUGGUGGAGCAUUGGGCACUGCCUUAAGUAUUAAUAAACAAGUUAAGAAAUUUCCUCCAAUUGUUGGUCGAUUUGUACCAUUUGUUGCAGUCUCUGCAGCUAAUUGUAUCAAUAUACCAUGUAUGCGAAGUGCAGAAUUAUCUGAAGGAACACCGAUAUUCGAUGAAAAUGGUGAAAAAUUGGGAAGAUCAACGAUUGUAGGGCGUAGAGCUAUCAGUCAAGUGGUCCUUUCACGCAUAUUGAUGGCUUCUCCUGGAAUGGCUAUUCUUCCUUUUGUGAUGGAGUCAUUAGAAAAAAAGAAACUACUCAUUCGUUAUCCCUGGCUAGGAGCUCCUAUACAAAUUAGUCUUGUUGGUGUAGUGUUAUCUCUCUUUACUCCCUUGUGUUGUGCUCUAUUCCCUCAAAUGAGUUCAAUUCCAUUCCAUAAACUUGAGCCAGAAUUACAAGCACGUAUCAAAGAAAUUCGGUUGGGCAAUGUACCCUCGAUUGUCUACUAUAAUAAAGGUCUGUGAGAGAAUAAAAAUUAAAUAGACAUUCAGUCUGAGUUUUAUUAACGAAUUCAAAAUGAGAGCUCUUUUGUUUUAAUGUUUGUUUAAUGUGCCAAUCUCAUUUUUCUUGAUUAUCUCUUCACCGAUAUUAGUAAUUGGUUCAUGGUGUGUAGUUCAUGUAUCAAUCAUCUCUGUUUUCAUUCUGAUCUCCUAUGUCCUUGAGAUGGUUUGUUUAAAUUGAUUAAAUUAUUAUUGACUCUGUCA